AUGGACGACGUUCCGACCAGCGCUGACGACGAGGUCGUGCAGUCGCUUGCGGGCUCUCCAAGCGACGCGCUCUUCGGACUCGACAACUCCGACCUCGGUACUUCAGCCGAGCCCAACGGACCCGAUAUCCAAGUUAGCGAAGACAUGCCCAGCGAGAAUCCAACCGAGACCACGGCAGACAAAACGAUGGCCAACGAUAUUGAAGCUGAAGACACAACUUCCGACGAAACUAUGACAGUUUUCGGUGGAGUUGACUCCUCUGUGAAGGCCACAACCGACAAAAUCCCCCUAGAACCCACACCUGCGACGACAGAAGAUGCGCAGACCUCGAUGAAGAUCGACAUCGAAAAUGACGAGCAUAGCCCCUCCAUUGAAGUUGGAGACACACAUGUGAACUCUACAUUCGCUAACAGAUCGAGCGCCGAAAAUACUGCACUGCAGGAUCCCGAGUGGCGUACUUGCAAAUUGGAGAUCGUCCUUCCCGACUUGUCGCCAGAAGAACGCGCACAAUAUGUCUCUAUCACAAGUGACGUUGUGAACGAGGUCGUCGAAAAGGUCACAGGAUCCGAAGGCGAAGUGUGGUACAAGGCGGAAUUCACAGAUGGCCGGCAGGAUAUCCCCGCAUCUAACGUUCUGAAGCUGCUUACCUGCUGUAUGCAACUUGAAGAACACAUGAGGAUUGUUGUCUCUGGGCUCGGCCAGCUCACAUGCACGCGGUUGGCGACUGGCUGA